ACAUUAUUCACCCUCUUUUAUACUUAUACAGUGGCUUGUCUUUGGCGGAAAUUCGACUGUAUCUAAACGUUCUUGAGUCACUGUCCGGUUGAAAAUUGUACGUAACCACUGAAUAUGAGUACUGAAGCAGUUUUUCUGAAACCACGUGCAUCAUUCAAACUGGCUGCCUUCAACGUUCGCACACUUAUGCAGGUUGGACAACAGAUAGGGCUGGCUAUGUCUUUGGAAAGUCUUAAUUGUGAUGUCUGCCGUCUAUCCGAGACCCGUAUUCAAGACUCUGAUGAAGUACUACAAAUUCGCUGUUUGUCUGUCGUUUCGAAAAGCUUGUUUUACGUGCGCUUAUCCGGGGACCCCGUGGCAUCUUUGUCUGGUCUUGCUGGCGUUGGUGUCGCACUAAGCGCUAGAGCUGAGGCAGCACUAGUCGAUUGGAUCCCCAUUAACAGUCGGUUAUGUGCUGUUAGAUUAGAAAGUUCCAUCAAAGUGAGAAGAAAUCAGCGUGAGAAACGAUGUCUUUUCGUCAUCUCCGCCUAUGCCUCGACAGAUUGCAGCCCGGAUCCAAUCAAGGAUGAGUUUUACCACCAGUUAUCUGUUCUUCUCCAGAAAGUGCGUUCGACAAAUAUUGUAGUACUAGCCGGAGACUUGAAUGCGCAGGUCGGGCGUUUAGGCACAGAAGAGAGUCGUCUAGGUGGCAGAUGGGGACUUAUCGGUCACAGGACAGAUAACGGGGACCGUCUACUGCAACUGUGCACAGAGCACAACCUUUUUCUAGCUAGCACUAACUUCCGGCACAGUCAUCGCCGAUGUGCUACCUGGCGUCCUCCCUCUGCGUUACGUAAGGAAAUUGGGCAAAGCUUGCGUAAGGACCAAGGAGCCUGGUGGUCGGAGCGUGCUAAUGAGUUGGAGGUAGCAGCUGCAUCUGGUAACUACCUGAAGCUCUUCCAACUCAUCCGAGCCACUGGCAGCAAGAAGUCUGGUGUGAGCGAAACAAUCUGCGAGGAUGAUGGAAUGCCAAUCACUAACAUCCAUCGACGUCUUGGACGAUGGGCAGAAUUUUUCAAAAGGCAGUUCAACUGGCCUGCUGCUCCGGCAACAUCGGUCAGACUGUCCUGCCCUCGAUGGUCGGUGACGACUGAUCCAGAAAAUGAGGCGGAAGCCCGCAAGGAACUCCAACUCUUGAAACGUUACAAAUCACCUGGCCCAGAUGACUUACCUCUGGCUCUUUUUAAAUAUGGUGGUGACUUUCUGACUAAGGAAUUGACGACGUUGUUUACAAAGGUUUGGGAACUAGAGAGUGUACCAACGUCAUGGAAUGAGUCGAUAGUUGUCCCUAUCUUUAAAAAGGGUUCACGUCGUUCCUGUAACAACUAUCGGGGGAUAAGUCUACUUCCGAUUGCGUCCAAGCUAUUGGCUUCCGUCACACUUUGUAGGUUGUUCAAAACCCGAGAAAGAUUGACUCGCGAGGAGCAGUCUGGGUUUCGUUCUGGCCGAGGAUGUAUUGAUCAUAUCUUCACCCUCUGCCAAAUGUUAGAACACCGCCAUACUUAUCAAAGGCCAACAAUCAUAGUGUUUCUUGACAUCAGGGCUGCCUUCGAUUCGUUGGAUAGAACUGUUCUCUGGAAAUGUCUAUUGAAGAAGGGUGUGCCUGAGAAGUUCAUUAACAUCCUAAAAGCCGUAUAUACAAACACCUCAGGCAGAGUGAGGGCAUACAACCACCUCUCUCCAUUGUCCCAUUCGAGUAGUGGGGUUAGACAGGGUUGCCCAAUCUCACCAUUCCUCUUCAACUUUGCCAUCGAUGACUUCCUGAAAACAGCUCUGAUGAAUGUAAGUAAUGGUGGUGUGGAUCUGUUGCCUGGAGAAAGACUUCUCGACCUUGAGUAUGCGGACGAUAUUGUCUUACUGUGCGAUAAUGCCCAAGCCAUGCAAUCCGCACUUAAUCAGUUGGCAAUCAGUGUCCGUAGGUACGGUAUGUGCUUUGCACCUUCGAAGUGCAAAGUACUUCUACAAGACUGGCAGGAUUCUAAUCCUGUACUCACCCUGGAUGGUGAACAGAUAGAAGUAGUCGAGAAGUUCAUGUAUCUAGGUAGCGGUGUAAGUGUUGGUGGUUGCAUGAGUGAUGAGGUCAAUCCACGUAUGGUGAAAGCCAGAGCGACUUAUGCCAAUCUGGGCCAUCUUUGGCGCCUUCGUGAUGUUAGUUUGACUGUAAAGGCCGGAUCCACAACGCGUCGGUGAGAGCAGUUUUGCUCUAUGCUUGUGAAACCUGGCCUUUCUGAGUUGAGGACGUUAGACGAAUCUUUGUGUUUGAUCAUCGUUGUCUCCGAAGGAUCGCUGGCAUCCAGUGGUAACACCAUGUCAGUAAUGCAGAGGUUCGGUAUCGUGUGUUCGGGCACAGAGAUGAUAAUGCAAUCGAUGUCACCAUCUUGAAACACCAACUUCGGUGACUUGGACAUGUUUUACGAAUGUCGUCCUAGAGAAUUUCACGUCGUGCAUUAUUUGCCGAUAUUGGGACUGGUUGGAAGAAGUGGGGAGGUGAUCAGUGCACGACAUGGUGUCGUGGCAUGAAAGAAUGCUGCAAAGGACUGGCUUGUGUUGGUCCUUCACGACUUCCUGGUUGGGGUCCGAGAGAUAGUGCUACACAGUGGCUAGAGACGUUAUCAGAUAAGGCUCAGAAUAGAAGCCAGUGGCGAUCCUGCUGUAACCUUCUUUUACUUUAUUCAUAAAAAGUAGUCCUUUCUCUCUCAACUGAAAGAUCACUUCUGAUUGUACCUUUCCGUCCCCUCGUUAUUACUAUUGUUAUUACUACACUACCUUACACCAAUCUCUUCGUCAUUGUUCUCUUUUUUUUCGAACUCUCAUUGUUUUGUUUGGCGCAUAUAUUUUGGCGCUCUCUUGCACCAAUAUGUAUGCGUCCAAAUAAAAUAAAUAAAUAAAAUAACGAUUUGAGACACACUGAUAAAUGUAAAUCAUAAGGUUGUCAGUGAUCAGUGGCCGAAAAGCUCAAAAGUAGUCUGAAUAACCUAAACGUACCUAUCCUAGAUUUGAAGUUCAAGUAUGCCCUUCAUAUAUAACUUUUUAUCGUGUCCCUAAACUGUUUUCUUAUUAUUUACUCUCUCAUUAUCACUGCUACAACACUCAAAGUCAGCUAUAACUAUCAAAAAUAACAUCAGUCUGAAUGUUUUUAAACGUACUGAAUUCCUCAUGCAAAUUUAUUUUGAUAAAGUAAUGGUAUGAUUACUUAUGAUAUUCUGAAAACUCAAUCGGUUAUUUGCCCAUGUACAGGUUAUAAGGAGUAAUAUGGUUUGAUAUAAAGGAAAAGACAAGAUUACAGAUGACGAAUUAUUGAAUUCCCAACAACCGAUCCAUCAGUUUUAACCAUUAAUUUUACCACUGAACCAAAAACUAUGUAAAGAGUGCACGAAUUUACGCAACAAAAGCGUUCAAAGGGCUAUUGAUAACUAAAUGUUCACUAACUUGAAAAUGUACAUGCUGGAAUCUGUCGUAAAGUACAUCAACGCGUCGGAAAAAAAAGUAAAUCAGCAUACAUUCACACAAAAACACUUUCAUAGUUACCCAGAUUUGAAAAUGUAGUUUCAUGUUAUUUAUGGGUGGAUUACAAGACCAAUCAAUACUAAGUCAUAGACGCUGAACAACACUAUUUCCCAAUUCUGGGAGGAAGUUUAUACGCUUUGGUGAAAUGAUACCCAAACCGCAAAAUAGAAUGAUCGGGAAGAUAAAUAAAUCAAAUUUCUAUGAGAAAACUGUUGUUUAUGUUAUAAAAACGUGUAUAAAUAAACUAGUGAAAAUUUUCAUGUGACCAAAUUUUAAAAGAAUUUCGUCGAGCCACUAACGAUUUUAAGCCUGGUAUCUAACUAAGGAAAUCAUUUAAGCUGUAUUCAUAACUGGAACUUCUGCAAAAAGAACGAGUUAAGAAAUUAUUUGCUCCUUAGAUGUCAUAAAACCAUUCUUGAUCAGUAUUCGAUCUAAUAUUAGAUCGGAUAAUGAAAUAAGUGGAUUCGUGUUUGAAACUGAACAGCACACAAAUCAGAAAAAGGGGAAAAAUACUGUGAGCUGAAUUCCGGCAAAUCAAAUAUAAUCACUUACAUUUGAAACGGAAAGUGAUUAACUGUUAGGAUGUAACGAAAGCCAAAGCGAUGUAACGAAUACACUCAGU